AUGCAGGCGAUCAGCUCUUUCUUCAGCGAGUUUCUCCAGCCCGGCUGCCAUAGUCAGGGCUGCUCGGCAGGACUGCCCGGCCUGCGUCUGCAAGAGGCGAUUUGGGCCGAGGCUUCGCUCCGUGUCUUCGUGCUCGGGGCGGUCUUCGUCGCGGGCCUGUUGCUGGGAGCGGCGGGUCAGCUGCUCUUCGGGCCUCGCGUGGCCGGGCUCUCGGCGACAGCAGCGCCAGCACCGGCGGCGAUCCUUUCGAUUGACGACGAGGCUCGGCCUGGCGACUUCAUCCUCAUCCGCUACAACGUCGGCGGCCGGCGACUGUGGCACGAGAGGCUCGUGCUGUGCCUCGCGGUGGCCCCCCCUUGGGGGGUGGGCAUCCUCACCCCAGAUGGGGGCGCCUACGUGGAGAUCGUCAUCGGGGGCGCCGACAUCGCGGCAUGUGCGGUGUGCGACCUCGGCGCGGCGGGCGGCGCGGCGGCGGCGGUCGGCGCUGACGCGACCUACCGCUUUCGAGCGAUCCCGCUCGCGGCCGAGGUCGCGCAGGGGCUGCAGGACGUGGUGACGACGCUGGGGCUGCCGGCUCAGCCCGCCGUCGUGCCGAACAUCGGCGGGAGGGCCGUCGCGCCGGCGGCAGCCGCCGUGGCCCCGGCGGGCGCCGCGGGCGCCGGCGGCGCGGGCGCCGCCGCAGGCGUCGACGGGCCGGCGGCCGCCCUUGCAGGCGCUGGAGUCGGCGGAGCGCCGGCGGGCGGGGCCCUGCUGGCCGCGGCGCCGGCGCCGGCGGCCGCGCCCUGCGCUGGGGCGCUGGUGCCAGCAGCAGCGGCGCCCGCGGCACCCAAGGCGGCCCUCGCCGCCGCACCGCCCGCGGCGGCGCCGGCGCCGCCCGUGGCCAUCGCGCUGGCUGGGGCGCCGCCGAUGGCCGCGGCGGCCAGCGCUCCUGGGGGCGACCUGAGGAUCAUGCCCGUGCAGCUCGACGUUCGCGGAGUGCGGCACCGGCCAUUCUCGGAGGCGGUGAGGCUGCUCUGGGAGGUGCCGUUCGCCGACUGGCCGAUCGACGGACCGCGGACCUUGGCGUGGGUGGUGGACUUCAUCGAGAGGGUUGCUGGCACGCCGCUGGCCUGGCACCAGAAGUUUCGGACGGACGGCCAGCUCGAUGACGACGAGCCUGGUGUGGCCAAUCACGAGAUGAUGUGCCGCCUGCUUGAGGUGGCGUUCUGCUACGACCAGCUCCACGGCUCGAACCUCGCGUCGCUGGAGCUGGUCGCGAGGUCGAUCCAGACUGAGAAUGAGCGGUACCGCCACAGGUUCGAGAGUGCGGAGGACCUCGCCGUGAAUCGCAACCUGAUGAUCGGGAUGGCGCACGGGCACGGGCACAUCUGCGUCUGUCCUGCCCUCCGCGACUACGUCGCCGCGCAGCUCCAGGAGGAGGCCGCCAUCAGCAAGGAGCGGCGGAAGGCCCGCGAGGAGCGGGCGCUCGCAGCUGGAUCCGAAGGCGACCACGGCGGCGGCGCAGUCAACGAGAGCCAGCGGGUGGCCAUGCAGAAUCUGAACACCGCUUAUCAUCGGCUCGGGCGUCAACCUGAGCAGUAUGCCGAGACGCGUGAGUGCGAGGACGGAGCCCUCGGCGAGCUCCUCCAUGGCGCUGCCAUUGAUGGAGAUGGCGCCUGCAGCCCGUCAGUCCCGUAUAUCCGAGAGCAUAUCUCAUGGCCGUCGUCGAGCUCGGCACCAGUGGAGUUGACCGCCCUCGCGGGCAUCUCGGAGGCGGCGCGCCUGCGGGGGCUUGUCGGCGAUCCUCGGACCUAUGCAGAAUUCCUGGGCAAGCUCCACGGCAAGGGGGUGGUUGACUACUCUGUCGCUGCGGACGCCAAGGGCACGGUGGGCGUGUUUUUCGCCCCGGAGGAGAACGGGACGCAGCGCAACAUCUUUGAUACUCGCAUCGUAAAUUGUUUCUUCAGAGCGCCUCCGAAGACCAGGCUACCCACCGCGGCGGCCCGGGGUUCAGUGGAGGUGCCCUCCUCUGGGGCCUUCGUGGCCACAGCGGACCUGGAGUGCGCUUUUUACCGCGCGAAGCUGCCGGACGGGAUGCAAGAGUACUUCUCGCCCCCGGCGAUCGACUCAACUUUCUUGAUGGAGGCCAGGCUCGGCGACUUGCCCUUCGGGCCGGGCGCGAUGCUCUCGGCCCGCGCGCCGGCGCUGCCCAUGGGCUUCACGCGGGCGCUGCGCCUGUGCAAGGACGUCGCCGCCAACUGCCUGCUGAGGAGCGGCGUGGGCCCGUCGUGCGUGAUCGUCGACGGGCAGGUCGGGAUCGAGCUUGGGCCCUCGCGGCCCGUCGCCGCCGGCGCCUACGUGGACAACGCGGCGACCGUCGGCGCGACGGCAGCGGCGGCGAACCAGCUGUUGCACACCCUGGUGAAGCGCUUCAAGGAGGACGGCCUCGUCGUCCACGAGAUCGUCGAGGCCUCGCCCGACGCGGAGUUCUUGGGCCUGCAACUGCACGCCGGCAGGGCCCUAACCGCCAAGGCGAAGAACGUGUGGAGGCUGCGCGCCGCGCUGGGCGGCCCACUGCGGAGGCGGCGGGUCGCCGGCUACGCGCUGCGCGCCGUGCUGGGGCACAUCGCGUGGAUGAGCGUGCUUAGGCGCGAGGCCCUCGCGACCGUGCGCGCCUGCUGCACCUUCGUCGAGGUGUUCGAGGGCCGCCCGGGCCGCCUGUGGGCUGCCGUUCGGGAGCUGACGGUCGUCCGCAACCUGCCCCCGGUGACGCAGGCGGACCUCGCCGCCGGCUGGCGCAGCGCGAUCGCGUGCAGCGACGCCGCGCCUGGAGGGCUCGGCGUCGCCCGCCAGCGGCUGGAUGGCUCGGCGGUCGCGAGCUGCGCCCGGUUUUCCGAGCGCUGGCGCUUCAAGGUUGCCGGCGCCCAGGCAGCCCGCGAGCGCCCGCUUGCCUGCGGAUCAGCAUCUGAGAAGAUGGCUGCCCACAAAAACGGAUAUCGAGCUGCUGACGCGGACCAGGUGGCCGCCGAGACCCCCGACGACUGCGUAGAGCCGUUUCUGGACGUCUCGGAGGCCCCGCUCGUGGACCCCCUCAUGGACUCCAGCGGGAUGCUCAACAGACGCCCGACGGGGGCCAGGGAGGUCUCAGGUGGGGCCAACAUCCUGUUCCUGGAGGGCGAGGGCCUCUGCCUGGCCUACCGUCACCUUCUUCGGGGCUCUGGCGGCCUGGGCACGAGGUCGCGCGUGCCGAGCGCGGGGGCAGCCGCAGCCCAGCGGCGGAAGCUGGCCCAGCAGGCGCAGGGCUCACGGCCGCUGCUCGCGGGCCUGACGCUGCUCGGGACGCUGGCCGUUCGGGCGAACACCGAGAAGAGCUACCUCCAGAUGCUGAGCAACUUCGUGCAGUGGUGCCGCCAGCGCCGCCAGGACUGGAAGACGUUCGACGAGCUCGACGUGGUGCUGUCCAGCUACUUCUCGGACCACUUCUUGAUGGGGACGGCGUGCAUCAUCGGGGGCCAGACGCUGGCCGCCGUCGCGCGCGCCACCCUCUUCAAGCAGACCGCGCAAGGCCGCCUGCCACAGCCUCGCUCCGCGGUCUAUGCGAUCGCGGGCUGGCUCAUCAGCCACGGGCAGCUGGGGGUGGCCUGCUGGGUGGCGCUGGCGUUUGCAGCCUACCUGAGGCCGGCCGAGGCGCGCGGCCUGACGCGCGAGAGCCUGGUGCCGCUGGCCCCUGCUGCGGGUGCGAGCUACGCCUGCUGGGCGCUGCUGAUGCACCCGCUGGAGCGCGGGGUGGCGGGGAAGACUGGCCGCUGCGACGACAGCGUGGUGAUCGACCAGGCCCCGCUGUGGCCGGUCCUGGCGGCGCUACGUGCCGCGACGGCGCCGGGCGCCAGCCUGUGGACCUCCUCGCUCGACGACCUCACCUUGCAGUUCAGGGCGGCCUGCCGGGCGAUGAGGCUCUCGACGUGGAAGCCGCACCUCUAUAGUCUCCGCCACGGAGGUGCCUCGGACGACCUCCUGACGGGCCGCCGCAGCCCGACCGAGGUGCAGAAGCGCGGGAGGUGGGCGGUGGCGCCGUCGAUGCGGCGCCACGGCAAGGAGGGCUCGCUGCUGGGCGAGAUGGCACGGGUGAACCCGGAGGUGUUUGCGUUCGGGGCCUUCGUCGAGGCGAACUUCGGUGCCUUCCUCGAGCGCGGCUUCCGCGGGAUGAACCUCUAUGCGGCCAGACCAGGCGUUGGGAUCGGUCAGGCCGAGGGGGGCCAGUGCAGCCGGCAUCUGAAGCGGCGUCUGCGACAGGCCCUCGCCUCGGGGCGGACACGGCGCGUCGCGCUGGAGAUUUUCGCUGGCUCUGCUCACCUGACCGAGGCGCUGAAGCGGCGCAAGCUCCCAGCCUUGGCCCUGGAUCUGAGCCGAGGGCCAGUCGAGGAUCACCUGUGCCGCGAGUUCCGCUCCGCCCUGCAUGGAUGGCUGGCGGGCCGAGUCGCGGGCGCCGUGUGGCUCGGCUCGCUGAUAUGGAAGGCGCGGCGGCUCCAGCGACUGCUUCAGCUUCCGUCGUGCCAGCUCUGUACCUUCGACUGCUGCCAGUUCGGCGCCCCCUGGCGCACGCGGGCGACAGUGGCGGCCUGGGGGGCGGUCGACCUUUCUCGGCUGCAGCGGCGGUUCUCCGGCCAGCGCGGGAUUUGGUCGCGGUCCGGGAGGCCCCGUGUGAUCCUCACUGGCCACGCCGACGGCGUGCACCUAAUUGCGCUGGCUGCAGCCUAUCCGCCCCCCUUCUGUCGCGAAAUGGCAAAGCUCAUUGAGCACUCUAUGCGCAGGCAGUCGCACAGGCAUUUAGUUGACAUUGUGACGAGAUAAUCUCCUGCAUCGAAUGUUUAUUUCUUUGACGGCCUGGCGGCCAGUUUCUCUCCGUCGGGGUUGGGGAGUCAGUUGGUCCGUUUCGCUGUUUCAGCCUGUCCGUUCGCGCGUCGACGCCCGGGCCCAAACGGGCUUCGUGCGUCAGCCUGGCUCCGACCCACACAGAUUGGCCCUGCUCGGAAAGAAGUCGUCGGGCCCUUGCUCCGCUCGCGGUGGCUUCCGCCACUCCGCCGCCCCGGCUCCUUCUGUCGUGCCAGGCCGUCCAAGAGCUGGACCUCGGGAGUGGAGGCGGUCUGCGUGGUUUUAACAACACUUUGCGUAGGCGAAACGCGAGGGGGGCCGCACUGACUCGUCAGCUCAUGCCGAUGCUACGCUGUCGGCAUUGGGGCUCAAAGUGCACCCGCCCGCGAGCAACCCAGUCAAAGUUUCCUUUGCCGUGCCUUUGAAUGCCCUCAAUGAGGGGAGUCAGUUGGUCCGUUUCGCUGUUUCAGCCUGUCCGCUCGUGUGUCGACGCCCGGGCCCAAACGGGCUUCGUGCGCCAGCCUGGCUCCGACCCACACAGAUUGGCCCUGCUCGGAGAGAAGUUGUCGGGCCCUUGCUCCGUUCGCGGUGGCUUCCGCCACUCCGCCGCCCCGGCUCCUUUUGUCGCGCCGGGCCGUUCAAGAGCUGGCCCUCGGGAGUGGGGGCGG